AUGAGCCAAGUCCAAGGAGAUAAAGAUUCAAGUCAGCGCGAAAAGGUCUCAGAUGAAGCGCUCCCAGAUUUAUCGGCCAACUUUGCCGACUUCCCUUUAGAUGCCACAAUCAAGUACCUCACACACCAUGGGAUAGAUCCACAAUAUCCACCACAAAGUAUGAUUCAAGAUCCUGAUGUAGGGAAAGAAUCUCAGGAUUCUAGAUCGGAAACGCAAUUUAAAGAACAGGAGGGUACUGAUGAUGUGCAAGACUCGGCGCGACGCACUCGAUCUGCCACAUCUAAUACUGAUCGGCGGAAGGAGGACGACCCGUGGCAUUUUUAUAAUCACGACGAUGAACAUACAUACCUUGCAUCAUUAGCCACUGGACACUACCAAGCAAGACCUCCGCCCAAGGAAAUCGAUGUGAUAGUUGGCUUUCUGCAUCGCUGUCAUCGUGCAGGUACGUCGGCAAUGUUGGUUGGCUAG